AUGCGGAAGGGACCAUGGGCUGGUCAAAGGCAGCGGUCAUCAAUGGCCUGGGCCCUCCAUCAUCCCCCGGGUUCUCCAGGUUCCUGGUGGAAGGAAGGAGCAGGCAGUGGUGCCCGGUCCAGGGCGUUCAACUGGAGCAAGAAGCAGGGUCAGGCCAGCCUCAGGAGUGUUCCCAGGAGCCCCCUCCUCUCUGUCUCCCCGGACUUGAGUCCAGGUGACCCUUUGUGGCUGGCUUCCUCCAAAGCCUCUGGCCUCUGCCUGCGGCUCUUGCUGCCUGGGCCUGUCGUCAGGAAGUUUCCCACCCUUGUAAAGUCCACAGGUGGGGUUGCGGGUUGUGGGUUCCUUUCUGUUUUGCUCCAUCUCCUAUUCCCUCUUGUACUCAGCGUCAGCAUGGUGAAAAGAACUCAAGCCCUCUUUGUUCUGGCCCUGGGCUGUGAAGCCCGAGGGCCUCCCACUGCCCUAGGCCCCAGGCACGCUGCGGGUGGGGAGGUGGCCAUCGUUGGGAGUGCAGGACCGUCCCAGACAACCGUGCACACGUUCAGUUGGCCCAGUGGAGUUUUGUUUUUUCUUAUAUCACGAUAA